AACUUCGAAAUUUGCGGAUUUAGUUUGAAGAUCGCCCGAAUGAUGGAUGCAAGAUUGGGCAUUUCCUCGUAUAUUUGGGACGCUGGCAUUUCCCUGUGCCAGUAUUUUGAGAAGGAGGACAUCAAUUUCACUGGGAAGGAAGUAAUUGAGCUGGGAUCUGGCACCGGAAUCGUGGGGAUAUUGGCAGCUCUACUUGGUGGCAAUGUUACCAUGACAGACAAACCGGAUAUCCUGAAACAAAUAAAGGGCAAUAUUUCAAUCAACGUCCCUUUAGCAUGCCGACAUCGUUUAAACGUUCGUCCGCUGAUUUGGGGAGAAGAUCAGAAUAAUUUCCCCACCAAAUAUGAUUUCAUUCUGGGUUCGGACAUCGUCUACAGCUCAGUUUGCUAUCCCGCGCUUUUAGAAACACUGCGUUACCUCUGCAGCGAAGAAACCACGAUUUUCCUUUCAUCGGAACUCCGACAUGGGAACGGGUCCAUCCCCUUCCAUGAUGUAAUCCUGCCUGACUAUUUUAACUGUGAGGUCGUACACAGAUCAGAAUCUAAGAGCAUUAUUGUGUAUAAAUUGACUAAAAUUGUUAGAACGCACAGAAAAAAAUAG